AUGACUGCCACCUUACUGCAUGUCAAUCUUCGGGUUUAGCAGUUAAUGACUUUUAACGAUAUCUUUAAGUGUUUUAGUAUGAUUCAAACAUUUUCUCAAGUUAUAAAGGCACGAGAAAGAGGUGCAGUUUGGUUAUUAGCGUUUUCUGUUCUAGUAAGGACAAGGGAUUCACAAACUGAGAUCUAAAAGCUGAAGUGUUUGAAUGAAAGAAGAUAACUUCGUUUGGAUGUGAUGAGAAUACGUAGGAAGAGACUCUCCAUUAAAUUAUUAACGGUGGUCGGAACAUUUUUCGUUAUAAUGAUUUUAAGAUAUUCAUUAACUCCGGAUUCAAUAAAUCCGAAUUCAAUAACUCCGGAUCCGCAUUAUGAAUACGAUCUUGAUGAUUUUCAAAGACACUUGGAAAAUGGAAGCAUUUCAUACGAUGGUACCAUAAGGUCUAGAACGUGUAAUUCUUGUUUUAACAUCUCGUACAAAGUUUUGAUGGAUGAUAUAAACACUUGUAAAAAUCAUCAAAGUAUGAAAGUAGUUUUAUUCAUAACAACAACAGCAACUGCAAUUGAGCGUCGCACUGUGCUGAGGCAUACUUGGCUCUCAGUUUCAAAAAAUAACACUUCAAAUGUCAGAUAUGCAUUCGUCAUUGGUGGUGUCCCAGAUAGUGAAGUACGGGAGAGUAUUCAGUUGGAAAAUGAAUUCUAUAAAGAUAUACUUCAAGGGGAAUUCUUAGAUGUAUAUCACACUCUUACCAUAAAAACCAUGAUGGCCCUAAACUGGGCAACUAAACAUUGUCCGCAGGAUGUUUACGUCAUGAAGACUGACGAUGAUGUGUUUAUAAAUAUGCCAGCUUUGCUGAACGUUAUCGAUAACCACCAUCCAGAGUUGCAGCACUCGGUCAUUGGUUGCUGCUACAAGGACUGGGUAAACAAACCCAAUAGGAAUAAGACCACUAAAUACUAUGUCUCGUAUGCAGAGUACCCGUGGGAGCGACUGACGGCUUUCUGUUCUGGGACGGGCUAUCUGACCAGCAUGACAGUGGUGAAACAAGUUUGUGCAAUCUCUAAAAAUAUUCCCUUUUUCCAUUUAGAAGAUGUUUACUUUUCUUUUUGUGUACGAGAACUGAAUUUAAGCUUCAUUGAUGUUCGAGGAUUUGGAAUUGAACUAUACCAAGAGGAUCUGUGUUACUAUAGGAGCCCAGAAGUGGUUUUACUACACAAUACACUGAAGAAUACUUCUUUUUUAAUUGACAUUUGGCAUAUGCCCUGCUAACAAAUGUUUUACCUCUGAAACAUGUCCAUCUUAAUUUCAUAGAAAGUGCAAUGUUAUAGGGUUAUUAAACUUAUAUAUUGGUGAAUAUUGGCACUCGUUGGCUGUCAAAAUGCACUCGAAAGCUCGUGCAUCUUAACAGCCAUCAAUAUAAGUUCAAUUAUAUAGCUAAAGUAUUUAGUUGUUAAAUUAUAUCCCUUUUCACUCAAAAUACUCCAAAAUAGACGAGAAUUCAUCAAUAUUGGCAUCUAAGGUGAAAGUGUGCAAUAUCAGCAUGCAUUUCUUAACUGUUAGAUAUUAAACCUUUCGUCGUCUGCCAUUUUGGCUUGUUUACGUUGUUACGGUAAGGCUCAUACUCGGAAUGUUUCGGGCGCCCACAAUUUACGCAAUGCAAAGUUAGCGUUCAAUAAAUUCUCAGGAUAUUGAACGCUAACAUUCUCUAGAUUUUACGCAUAAUUUAUAAUAGACUAUUUAUUAGCUAUGUAAUAAAAGAAUGUAACUGCUCUCCUGAUAAGUAAUUGAUGUACCGUGAACAGUUCUGAUGUUAUCUUUUUACGGCGUUUCCAUUUGAAAUUGUUGGACUGGAAUAAGUCACCAAUGGUAACUAUUUCAAAAUGACUAUUUUUUCUAUUAUACAUAUAUUGCUUUUGACCAAUGCUCGCCAUGUGUCAGUUAUCAUCAACUGCAGAGAAAUAAAAUCACCUAUUCAA